ACACAAGCACGAGACACACAGCGGACCCGCAAAUAGUUUUAAUCCGGAAUCAAAGCAUAAAAACGCGCAAACAUCCGUUUCUAACCGCUAAAACUGUCCGAAUGCAGUCACGUGAGCGCAGUUUCCAAAACGUCUGAAGUCUCAUAGACGCUAACAAACAUUUUCAGCUUAUUUUACUGGUUUUUUUGGGCUAAAAAUGCGCAAACGAGUCCACUCCGCAUCUUAUUGAGCGCAUGUCGCAACCGCAGCUUUGCGCGGACAAGCAGCCGCUGAGCGCCGCAGAGGACAGCGAGGACAAAAAGAAACCCGGAGACCUGUUAAAUUCACAAGCUUCCGUCCGUGCACCCAGCUGUCCUCCCGGAACACGGUACCGGUUCUAGUCCCGGACCUGGAGCAGCCCCCGCCGACCGAACCCAGGACGGGGUCGUUGUUUUCCGCGCAGACUGGCAGAUCCGUCCCGCUCCGGCGCGGCCUCCAUUUUAGCUCCCUGCCGUCGCCGCCUCACGUGUCCUGGACUGUCUUCCUCACAUGACCCGUGUGUUUGUCCCCGUGAUCAGCGCUCCCAUCUCCGUAAAUCUGUGCGGUUGAAUAUCGGUGUUUCCCCCCGUCGGAGGCUUGAUGGAGAUGCUGGAGCAGAGUCUGGACAGCUCGGCGAGUCACGACAAACAGGAAACGGAGGAGGUGGUGCAGUUACAGGAAGGCGAGGCGGUGGGGACGGACGAGCAGGCCGCUGUGAGCAUCACCAGCGUCUCGCAGGCUGCGUUCGCUGACCAUGGCGUGCAAUACCAGUUUCGUACGGAGAACAGCGGAGGACAGGUGACCUAUCGAGUGGUUCAGGUAACGGACGACCAGCUGGAAGCGGCAGCUGAUGGGACCGGAGCCGUCAGCGUCGUCUCCACGGCAGCGUUCGCUGGAGCCCCCCAGGCAGUGGCCCAGGCCGUUAUCCAGAACCCGUUCAGUAAUGGAGGCAGUCCAGGUGGUGAGACUGUGGGAGGAGAGACGCGCUUCGCUUAUUUCCCCGCCGCUGCCGUCAGCGACGGGACCGCCGUGUCGGUCCAGGCAGCCGCCGACCCGACGCUCACGCAGGCGGGAGGCCAGUUCUACGUGAUGAUGAGUCCUCCUGAGGUUCUGCAGACGGCAAGUCCUCGCACCAUCGCGCCACGCACACACACUUACACCACAGACCUCGGUGAAAGCGAGAUGUUGCAGCAUGGCAGCACAAACUGGAAGGUGGAGGGUCCGCGGGCGCCCCGGGACGAGAGGCGGCGAGCACAACAUAACGAAGUGGAAAGAAGACGAAGAGACAAGAUCAAUAACUGGAUCGUUACUCUGUCCAAACUCAUCCCAGACUGCAGCAUCGACAGCAGAACUGGAGCGAGUAAAGGAGGCAUUCUGUCCAAAGCAUGCGACUACAUCCGGGAGCUGCGUCAGAACAACCAGCAACUGCAGGACAGUUACAAAGAGGUGGAGCGAGUCGAGAUGGACAACGAGCUGCUCAGACAACAGAUCGAGGAACUGAAGAACGAUAACGCGCUGCUGCGAGCGCAGCUGCAGCAACACGGCGUGGAGGUGAACGGAGACGCCACGCCGCAGUGAAGCUUGGACUCGGACGUGUGCAGCGUCGCUCCUCUCUCCCACCUGAACCUCAGCCGGACUGGAACAAAGACCAGAGGCAACUUUCCCUGAAACUGGACCACGAAGACACAGAGAGAGGAGGUUGUCUCGGCACCGGCGGGCGCUCGCCGGCCCGAAGAUCUCCACCUGGGCACAACACACCUGCACCAGACCUUUUCUAAUGUCCGACUAUGAACCUGCCGCAGAAAAGUUUCUUCCACCUCUUUAUUCUAACACCUCUCUUUUCAGUUGCCGUGUAUGAUACUACUAAAUCUGACACGAACAAAAGCUCCUGUUUUAAUUUAUUAGUCCUGUGUACGCAAAGAGGAGAUCUGCAUCACCUCCCAGAACCGAAUGAACCCAAGCAGAUCAGAUCCUCUGAUGGUGCUGAUCGCUCUUUUACUGCCGAUGGAAAACAUGCUCCUCUCUUAGUAAAUCAUAAAGAUAAUGGUGUGUGAGUGAUGAUAAUGACACAUAGAUGAAGGUUUUUAUUUUCAAAUUAAGGCCUGUUUUGUUAACGUAGCUCAGGAAAUGGGGAUGGAGGACUUGAGUGCUCCCCAGACUCAAUGAAGUCCUCACGUAGAGAGUUUAGAUCUCCUUUGUUUCCCCGUUACGUGCGAUGUACAGAUACAAAUGAGAUGAAGAUGAUUUUCAAUAUAUAAGUUCUUUCUGUUGGGCAUUAAACUGUGGGUUUUCUGUAUAACUGCAUCAUGGGAUCCACUGAGGUGGAGGGCUGGAUUUUAGAGGCUUUUUUACAAUAUUCCCUGAAACUCAGAGACUUUUGGAUCUGUUGCUGCUGACCGACUGUGGUCAAGUGAUGAUACAACUCACCUGCUAUUGUCUACACUGAAAGUCACCACAGCAUGGAGGUUCAAGCACUGGCAUGACUACAUCUGAUUCUACAAUAAAACAAAUGUGUUGAUA